GGCGACCCAGGUUCGGAUCCCGGGCGUGCACUGACGCACCGCUUGUCAGGCCAUGCUGUGGCGGCGUCCCACAUAAAGUGGAGGAAGAUAGGCACAGAUGUUAGCCCAGGGCCAGUCUUCCUCAGCAAAAAGAGGAGGACUGUCAUGGAUGUUAGCUCAGGGCUGAUCUUCCUCACAAAAAAAAAAAAAAUGAUCUAACACUUGUCCCCUAAAGUCCCGUGUGAAGAUCCAAUGCGCUGGAUAAAGCCCUCGGCAGAGCCAGGCAUGGCCCUUAGCGGCGCACUCACUCAAUAAACGAUCGGUAUUGACAACCACAGUAACAAGAGGACGUCAGCCAGGGCCGUCACAGUAGAGAAAUCCCACAAAUCCAGUCCACAGCGUUGCUGAUCACUCAGUUAUUUACUCACCAAACACUGAUUGGCUGGGGACACACGUGGGCAUCGUUGAACAGCUCCUGCCCUAGAGAGGCUCCCAAACAGUGUCAGUGGUGGGAUCAACCUGGAGCUGAAGGAGGCCAGAGGAGGGGAGUCUGACAUUUCAAGCUAAACCAGAAUAUGUUGUGGUGACGACCAAAUAGAGGGCCAGGAGGUCUGGAUAAUAGGCUCAGAAAGCAUUUCAACCUUCAGAAUGCUAUGAGACCCAUAAAAGAGGUACCUAGCGGGGAGAGGGGGCGAGGCACAGGCUGGGAAAUUUCAGGGAAGAAAGACAGACCUUUCUGGCUCAACUCUCUUCCUUGUGGAAGUUUGGGCAAGUUACCCACCAUUUUGAUCCUCCCCAUCUUCAUCUAGAAAAUAGGAUGAAAGCUCCCCACCAAGUUAUUAUCAAGAUGAUGUUUUAAGAAAGCAUCAUAAAUCUAAUAGCAGGCACUCAGAAAACAGGAGCUCCCUUCCCUUCGGAGAGCCUGGGUUCAGAUCCUGGCUCAGUCCCUUACAAGCUGAAUGGCUCUGGGUAAGUUACCUAACCUCUCUGUGCCUCAGUUUCCCCAUCUGUAAUCGUGCCUACCUCAUGAGGUUGCUGUGAAGAUCACAUGAGUGAAGCUACAUAAGAGCACUCAAGGAGGGGCCUGGCAAGUGCUCUACAGGCAUUAAUAAAUAUUUUGGCUUCCUGGAGGAGGCAGGCUGUCAACUAGACCUUGAAGGAGAGAAAUGGAGGAGGGGAGGGACAGGUCAGGAGAGGACGGCCAGGCAGAGCAAAAGUGGACAAGACUGAGGAAGGAGCUCCAACUCGGGUCAUUGCUAGCCUGCACCAACACGCCCAACAAUUGCUUACGUAAAAAAAAAAUCACUCAUUUUGAAUAAUCACAUAGUUCAUGGUUCAAAUAAAGAAGUAAAAGGGUAUGUAGUGACGUCUCCCUCCCACCCCUGGUCCCCAGUGUCUUGCUUAUCCUGCCAAAGAAAUUCUUAUGCAUAUAAAGUGAAAAUUUAUAUAUUAUUACGUAUAUAAUAACAUCAAAUAUUAUAUAUUUUACCCCCUUUUGCCCAAAUGAUAACAUACUCUACAUGCUAUUCUGCACCUGGCUUUACUUUUUUUUUUUUCCACUUUGGAGGUUGCCUCGUAUCAGUUCAUUCACAGGUUCCUCACUCUUUUUUACAGCAACCUAAUUUCCCAUCACUUAGUGGUGCUGCAUUCUUAAGUCAUUUCCCACCCCCCCUUCUCCCCUCGGAGGGCAGGGGUUGUUUCCUCCAUUUGAUACUUAGAGGGGCUGAGGCUUGUCACAGUCAGGACCCGAACCCAGACGCCCAUUCCAGAGCUAUUCCAAUGCACUGGGCUCAGGCUAGUUUUCAAAGUCCCCCUCAGAGAAAAGGUCUGGGCGGAGAGCCCCUGGGUGAUGGAAGGCCCUUUGCAUCAUACCUCACCCUGGCCCAUCUCAGGUUGUACACCUCAGGCUGGAGCGGCCCCCGGGUCACCAGUGUUGUGGAGGAUCCUUGGAAAAGACUCUAUCAGCUCCCUACUUCCAGGUGGGCCAUUGGAGAGACCUGGCCCAGCUCUGCAGAGGGGCAUAAGAGCACUGACCAUCUCCCACAGCUGCUUGGGGCAAGCUCUAUCCCCCCAGGAGACCAAAACCAGACAUUUUCAAAAGAAAAGGCUUUUGGACAUGUUGAGCAAGUGCCCCCAAGACAAUUUCUUACCGAAAGAUGCUCCAAGGAGGUCCGAUGCCAGGGCCAGGGCUCAUGGGCACAGAGCCGGGCACUGGGGCCAGGGUGAUUAUCCCUGGGCCUGCAUGGCUCUAACCAGGUUCUGGGAGACCCCAGGAGAUGUGGCAUGCAGGUGGGCAGAGCCAGGGCCCAGCCUGGGCAGAGUCUGGCCUGUCAGCCCUGCCCGGGAGCCCCUCUUCUUGCAGGCCCCCUCCCCGACCCUGUCCAACCAGUGAUACCCAGCAAGGCCUGGGAAAAGGCUGCUCCCCCAGGGCCCCAGGUGCCCCCUCCCUUUUCUCUUCCUGCUUGUUCCAACACCACUCUCUCCCCAGUCGGUCCAUGGGAAGAAUGCCGUGUCCUCUGAACGGGGGCCAAGAGUGACAGGUGGUGGCAGUCGGAGCUGCAUGGCCCCUGGUGUAAGAGAUCCUCUCCCCCGGCCCCGCCUCCCCUGCCUGCGCCCCUGCCUCCGCCUCUGCCCACCCGGCCCAAUCCUUUACAACUGCCCCAGGACUGCUCCCGGGUAGCCGCUGCAAGACAGACGGCCACCAGGUUGCCCUUCUCUGCUCCAGGUACGUCUCUCCCCUCAGUCAGCUAGCCCUGGCCUCCUCUUGGCCAGGUAAGAGGAGGAAUCCAACAGCCUAACAUACCUCACUCUUCUUUCUGCAGCUAGAAAGACUUGAGUUAGACAAGCAGAAGCACACGCCUCCCUACCUCAUGGCGACAGAAAACGGAGCAGUCGAGCUGGGAAUCCAGAGCCCAUCAACAGACAAGGCACCUGGCGAAGGGGCAGCAGGCGAAGGACUCCCAGCUCCAGAGAAAGACCCUGCUCCUCCAGACCCAGAGAAGGAUCCUGGGCCCCCAGAUGCAAAGAAAGAACCUGGCCGCCCAGACUCAAAGGAAGAACCUGGUCCCCCAGACGCAAAGAAAGAACCUGGCCCCCCAGACUCAAAGAAAGAACCUGGCCCCCCAGACUCAAAGGAAGAACCUGGCCCCCCAGACUCAAAGGAAGAACCUGACCCCUCAGACGCAAAGAAAGAAGCUGAUCCACUCCCCCUGAAGAAAGAUGCCAAAGCCCCCACACUAGAGAAGGGAGGAGGUGCCCUGGCCCAGCCCUCAACUAGCAGCCAGGGCCCUGAGGGAGAAGGCGACCUGGGUGGGGGGCCUGCGGAGGGCAGUGCUGGGCAGCCUGCAGCCCUGCCCCAGCAGACUGUAACAGCCGAGGCUGGUGUCAGGAAGCCCAAUGCCGAGCAGGGGACCUCAGGCAGCCAGGACCCCGGAGAGCCCCAGGUGCGCAAGAAGGAGGCAGAGGGCCAAGCAGCGGCCAGGAGGGGCUCACCUGCCUUUCUGCACAGUCCCAGCUGCCCUGCUGCUAUCUCAAGCUCUAAGAAGCUACUGGCCGAGAAGCCCCCAGAUGAGGCAUUGGAGCUCAUCUUUGAAGGGGUGCCGGAGACCCCUGGCCCCACAGAUCCUGGGCUAGCCAAUGCAGCAGCAGGAGGGAAGAGCAUCCUGGACGGCAGCCAGAAGGAAGCAGGAGAGAAGGCCCCAGACCAGGCUGGCGAAGCUCAAGAGCAAGAGGACACCUCGAGGGGGAUCGAGUUCCAGGCUGUUCCCUCGGAGCGAUCAGAGGUGGAGCAGGCCCUCUGUCCCACAGCCAGGGAGGAAGACUGCUUCCAGAUUUUGGAUGAUUGCCCGCCACCCCCGGCCCCCUUCCCCCACCGCAUCGUGGAGCUGAGGCCCGGGAAUGUCAGCAGUCAAUUCAGCCUGAACUCCAAGGAGGCGCUGGGCGGCGGCAAGUUUGGAGCAGUCUGUACCUGCACAGAGAAAUCCACAGGCCUCAAGUUGGCAGCCAAGGUUAUCAAGAAACAGACGCCCAAAGACAAGGAAAUGGUGAAGCUGGAGAUUGAGGUUAUGAACCAGCUGAACCACCGCAAUCUGAUCCAGCUAUAUGCGGCCAUCGAGACCUCGCACGAGAUUGUCCUGUUCAUGGAGUACAUCGAGGGCGGCGAGCUCUUCGAGAGGAUUGUGGAUGAGGACUACCAUCUGACUGAGGUGGACACCAUGGUGUUUGUCAGGCAGAUCUGCGACGGGAUCCUCUUCAUGCACAAGAUGAGGGUUCUACACCUGGACCUCAAGCCAGAGAACAUCCUGUGCGUCAACACCACGGGCCAUUUGGUGAAGAUCAUUGACUUCGGCCUGGCACGGAGGUACAACCCCAAAGAGAAGCUGAAGGUGAAUUUUGGGACCCCGGAGUUCCUGUCGCCUGAGGUGGUGAAUUACGACCACAUUUCGGAUAAGACAGACAUGUGGAGUAUGGGGGUCAUCACCUACAUGCUACUGAGCGGCCUCUCCCCCUUCCUGGGAGAUGAUGACACAGAGACCCUAAACAAUGUUCUAUCUGGCAACUGGUACUUUGACGAGGAGACCUUCGAGGCCGUGUCAGAUGAGGCCAAAGACUUUGUCUCCAACCUCAUUGUCAAGGACCAGAGGGGCCGCAUGAGCGCUGCCCAGUGCCUCGCCCACCCCUGGCUCAACAACCUGGCGGAGAAAGCCAAGCGCUGUAACCGACGCCUCAAGUCCCAGAUCUUGCUUAAGAAAUACCUCAUGAAGAGGCGCUGGAAGAAAAACUUCAUUGCCGUCAGUGCUGCCAACCGCUUCAAGAAGAUCAGCAGCUCGGGGGCACUGAUGGCUCUGGGGGUCUGAGCCCCGGGAGUGGCUGAGGCCUGGACGCAGCCACACAGCGGCCAGGGCUGAGGCCACACAGCCCAGAAGGCCCGAGCAGACAGGCCAGAUCCCCAGGGCGGGCUGGCGGGGACAAGGCUGCACCAGGCUGGGAGGCUCGGGGCUCCCCACGCCCCCGCGCAGCGACUGCUUCCCCGACGUGAGCCGCUCGGAUGUGGCCUGACUCCAUCCUGCUAAUGCCUCCCCGGACAGGGCUCUGCCCACCAGCCACAGCCCAGAUGCAGGGGCCCCUUGUUCCCUGCCCAGCUCCUCCUCUUGGAACUGCUGCCCUGGUGACCCCUGCUUGGCCCCACUGGGGCAUCCCCGGCCUGGGCUUGCUCCUAGCUGGAGUGGGAGGGCUGGGGGUCCCAGUGUGUGGGGUUUCUGCGGUUGUGGACAGGAGGCUCUCGGUGGGGCAGGAAAGCAGUGAGGCCGGCUCCCGAGGCCCAGCUGCCAGGGGAGACAGAGCAGGCUUUGUGAAAGAGGACCUCCAUGCCCCUGCCCGCCUCCCCACUCCCGGCAGAUAAGGCCUAGCACACACCAUCUGGCCCAGGCCCGGCCCCCCGCCCACCUUCCUUGCGACCACCAACACACAGGAACUCUCUGUGAGAGAGAGGACGCCCAGCCCAGGCCUGCCGGAGGGGGAGGGGAGGGGCCUGGGGGACACGGGAGACCACCCCCGAGCUUGCCUAAGGGCCAGGCCGGCCCAACCCACCACUCCAGGCCCCCCUCCCAGGGGUCCCCCACGGCCUCAGAUGAUGGGGUCAGCAGGCCCAGGAGGAGUGGGAAGGCCGUCGGGCAGCCCCCAAUCUGCUCUCAGCUUGUGCCUUGUAAAUAAAUG